AAAAAUGUAUUUUUGUUGUUAUAGUAUAGACCUUGUAAUAUUGUCAUGUCUGAUGAAGAGGAACACAGCUUAGAUAGCUUUUUCGCAAAGAAAGAUAAAAGUAAAAAGCCCAAGAAAAAAAAGAAAGUCAAAUCUAGUGAAACCACAGAAACUCAGUCUGAAACACAAAUCAGAAAAUCCCAGGUUGAUGAUUGGGCGGAUUUUGAAGAAGAAAAAGAAAAAGAUUACUCCAGCUUAAAGAUACAAGACUUACAAAUAAUGGAGGAGAAUGCAAAAGAAGAAUUGGAAGAAGUGAAUUGUGAUGAUGAUGACGAAGACACAGAGAAAAAAACUGCUGAACAAACGAUAUGGAACGUGCAAACAACUGCUCCAUCAACACACCAUACAGAACCUGUGGAGCAAAUCACCACGCCCAACGUUGUGAGUGGUAAAUAUGUACCCCCUUCAUUAAAACGAUCCAAUAUGAUGGGGCAACCAGUAAAGAGAAGACCCGGUGUCCCACCGGAUAUUAAAAGUCAAAGUGCUUUCCCAACUUUGGGCGCAGCAAAUGAAGAUCUUGGAACUGGUAAAACACCUAGUGAUUUUGAAGUUGUGAAACGUGGUGUACGAUCAAAUGAUGCACGUUUAGACGAUACAAAACCGAAUUUGGAUCUUGGAAAUCGUUACGACGGUCUGCGUAGCUGAAACAUAUAUAACGCAACUCGGACAUGAUUUAGCUUCAGUGUAAACAAGGAAGGAAGUUUGAAGAUGUUCAAUCCGGUAGUUGGGGUAUGUCAAAUGAAUGGAUAAACAUUUCUGAGCGAUAAAGAAAUGAUUGAAUUAGUAAAAAAAAAAUCAGUUAUAUAUCUUUUUUAUUUAACUAAGUAGCUAUGUAAUGUUUAAUACAAUAUUUGGGUCAUUCUUAUUUUUUUUAAAAAAAUAGACUUAUUCUAGCGUUCAGAUUAUCUGGUACAACCUCAGAAGUUUUCGCGAGCCUAUUUUUUAUAACGCACUAUUAAUGAGAAUUGGAAUUCAUAAUGUCAAAUUGUUUGUUAUGAUUUCGUAAUGAUGAAGAAAUUCUGUUAAAUCUCUUGA